AUGACCAUACACAGGCCUCUGAGGGAGAUCCGUCAACAGUCAAUUGCCGAUGGCGUGGUUACCAACAUUGGUUCCCUCAACUAUGAGACCCCAAAAACCGAGGUUCACAAAUUGCUGCAAGAUCACGACUUCAGCGUCGAGAUUUAUUGGCCCAACUUUGAGCCGGUUUUGGGCGAAUCAGACCUGGGAACCGCCAUCAUGGGCUGGUGCUGGGUCCAGUUUCAACGGAGAGAAGAUGCCCAACGUGCAAAAGACGUACUGAAUGGAACCAUCCUGUAUGGAAGACGCACCAAGACGGGGUCCGUCACCCACCAACCUGGCCCCAAAUCACAAAAGGAUUCACGAGGCAAAGGUACAUCCAAGAGUCUUCCAUCCCGCCCUGCUACUCGAGCCACCUCCAAGUCCUUUUUACCGGUUUCGGCCGCUCCAACACCUUCUGCCAUCGAGACACCCAGCUCAGCAGUGAGCUUUUUGACAGCUCAUUAUCCAGAUGACUGGAUUUGGGAUCCUGCUAAGCCGGGCAUGUAUCGCUCCGCGUUCGAGGCUCGAACAAAGCAUAUCCAGUCAGACUAUGCAAGCCGAGGCCUAGUCAUCGGUCCAGACCUCACCCAGCGGCAAGACAAAACGUUGAGUCCGCUCUCGCAGCCAGUCCCGAGCCCUCAUCCGUGUAACAAAGAUGUUUGGUUACAGACCUUCAUCCAAGUGUUCGAAAGAGGCGGGGCCAGGACUGAGAUCAAGAAAAUCCCAACGACUGAUUUGCCAAAGUUCCAGGCUCAAGGCUAUUCCCAGCACUUCCACCCGGUCAAAAGCUCCACAAACGUCUUCAUGACUGGAAUGAUAGCAUCCGGUCUGGCUGUCAAAGUGAUGCCUGGAGAAGAGCUCGUUACAACUCUGCCCUCUAAGGACCUCGUUGAGCUCACCAUGCCCAUGACUGAAGAAGAGAAGCAGCAAGUUCAACAAGGAAAAGGACCCAAGUACUACUGGCAACCUGGCCGUCUAACUGGUGCCAACGCCGCAGCAGAGGCCGGAAUCUCCGACCCUUCCCGUGCUUUUUUUCCUCCCUCAGAGAUGGAUUCCCGCAACCGUUUUGCUACCUGCAGCAGCCACAUGCAGCAGCACCCACGCCCUGCCGGCGUUGGAGUUGGCUGGAGCGGCUUCGACAGGUUCCGGGAGUGGCAGCUCCAUGGACGUCAGGUUAAACGUGAUUCUGUUGAGUACGAGUCAUUCAGCAAGGAGCCAAAAUCUACACUGGACUUUGUCACCGAAACGGGCGAAGUAACGAUGACUAUACCUAUGGAUAUUGAGGAAUUUAAGCCUGAACCCAGCUUUUUGAAGACUUUGACACUCUGGGAAAAGUUGAAUGACGGCAAAGGAAAACAGGUUCGAAGUUGCAAGACGCGCAAGGAUCGCAAGGAUCGCUACACUGGUGUGCGUGGGUAUUAA